UGGAAAACCAAUAGUCUCGCAUUGUCAUUAAAGCCAACGACUCCCAACAACUGGAGAGAAUUCAAUUUCCUUUACAGUGUCCAAUCAUAACAGACGUUUUCUCAGGACACUUUACAGAUAGAUGGUCUUGGUCCAACGUUGGACCACACUAUACAACGUUAGAACAUUAGCUAAGCUAGCUAAAACUAACCUCCAGGUACCGUAGCGUAGCUAGCAGGUUAUUUUAACGGUAUAACCUGAAAAUAAUUUGUUUUAAAUAUUAGAAGGGUUUCAUCACUUAAAAAACAAAAAAAAUGUAACUCAUGGUAAAAUAACAAUUAAAUUCUAAGGUAAGAAACAUUGUGAAUGCUUAUAAAAUGAUGCAUUGCUAACUAAUUCAAGCUAAAGUUAUACAAAGUUUAAGCACUUUAUGUGUUUAAGUAGAUUUCACUACUUAGGCCUACAUUUGUUUGCUGAAGUUCAAUUUUGAAUGCUGAAUUUUAUUUGCAUUUUCUCAGUUGUGGUAUCACUAACCUAACGUUAGCUAACUAGGGAACGUUCCCUGGAGGUUAUUUCAAGGUUCUACAAAAAUAACCUUAACAGAACCUAUAAGGAACGUUCAGAGAAGGUUAGCUGAAGGUAAAAAAAUGUAACCUUAAGAGAACCUUUAGUAAACGUUCCCUAAAGGUUCUUUAAAUGUUGAACAAAACAAGUUUAUGAGAACGUUCCAGGGGGUUCCAAAAUGUUUUACCUUCAGAGAACCUUUAGGGAACCUUCCCUAAAGGGUAUGUGUUUGCUGGGAGGUUACUUAUAUUUUAACUCAAUUAAAUUGAGUAAGAAAACAUACCGGUACACUGUGAGACUAACAAGAGCUUUAGGUUAGCUGUGUAGUUGACAACUUCAGUAUUUCAUGGUUGUUUUCCAGUGUAUGGCUUGCAUGUGCAUCACUCAGUAUAUUUGUCCCAAAGUGCAUGUUCUUGGCUUCUUGUCCAUCAGACCAGCUGUGCUGUAAGCUGGCACAAGUCCAGUGUGCAUGUGUAGAGUAACUAUGCAGGGUUUUGGGCUUUUUGAGUUGUGUGAGAAGGAGGGCGACAGGCCACCUGCCAUAGGGGCUUGUCCUGUUUUGGAUCCCUGGCCCUGCCUUUCAACUGGAAGCCAAGUUGAGGUUCUUUCAUGUGGGCCUGAUCUCCUUAAGACAUCAGCAAAUAUUGAACAAGACUCAGUCCAGACUCAAACACAUCUGUUGUCAUAUAGUCUCCACUGUUAGGCACAGAUAAGGAGAAAGAGUGUGAACAUCAGUGGGUCUGUUGCAUUAGCUUUAAUGUGUGGACAGAAAGCUAAAGUUUAUACUUUGCAAACACAAAUGCUAACUUUUGACGAGCUUAAGCUAAACCAUGUUCCACUGUAAACAAAUAUGGGGCUGGGUGAAAGAAAUGGAGUUUGGUAUGACAAGACAGCCACUGACUGACAGAUUUGGACUGAAGAUCAGAAAUGAGAUAAGACAAACAGAUAGCCAACAUUUAAUAUCCCUCAGUCAUGUUGUAGAAUCAAUCAGCAGUAUUUUGGGACCGUUUUGGACAAAUAAGAAGGACAGUUGUAUUUUAGAAUUAGGAUAGAUUAUGGAAUUAAGUACUUUUCUGAAAUACUUGGAGCUAUAAGAGAACGCAUAUUAGAGAAAUUGUAAUGCAUUCAUAACUUCAAACAGACAAUAAGCCUUACAAAUGCAAAUACAUAUUCAAAUCAACAGUAAACAGCCUGAUAGACAUGCAACAAACAGGCUCAUGAACUUGCUGUACUGUGAGCUGAACGGUUUCAUCAUAGUUUUGGUGUUUCUGUGUGCAUUUAAUAUCCUGCAACUGUGUCUUGAUAUACUUAAUAUUUGUUGUCAGAUUUUCAGGUUUUCUGAUGCCACAUAAAGUCAUACAGCACUAUCCAUCACAAAAAAACUUGGGUAGGAGUUGGGUUGGGUCAACACUCAUAACAUUCUCAUAGUCGAAACUCACCCUGUGCGACUGGUAUGGCUAGUUAGAACCAGUCUAGCCUCUACACCAAUUGCCUGCCUUAAAAGUUGUCUGGAAGCAGGAAAGGGCACUAACUACAUGUUGUGUUGCCUGCAACCCUUCCUUAUUGACAUCAUAGUGAUGAUGGUUGUGCUACCUCUGAAAUUUACUGGUGCUCUCAGUGGAAACUGAUUGAGUCUGUGGCGUUAACUAGCUGUUCGGUGGAGGUCGACUGGACAGUUUCACUCAAGAUGGAUGUCAAGAAAAAGAACUUCUUGGAGAACUUCCGUCUCAAAACUAAGUUGGUCAACCUGAAGAAGCCAGGGAAGAAGGCCUUUGGAAAGCGUGGAAAGAAGCUGGCUUAUCGGCGCAGUAUUUCUGUACCAGACCUAAGGUUUGUGCCAGCUGAAACAGUUUGUACAGACAGCGUCCUGGUGUCCACUCCUUCUGAUGCCUUCUCCUUAAGCAACUCCCGUGGUGAGAGCGAUACUGAUUCUGUUGCCAGUGGUUCUGUCGUUGAUGGACCCCUUUUCCCAGAAAGUAGACUCAAAGUUCCUAUAGAUCGCACAGCUGUUGCUUUGAAUAGAAUAAGUUCAACAGUGGGGACACAGAACCUUCAUGAGGAAAAUGAACAGGCACAUAAAACAGCCAUGGGGAAUGCACCUGAAUUUACUUUUGACCCUAUUCUUAAACCAAGAAGCGUUUUUAACAAUGCACCUCCAACAAGCCCAGACAUUGUAGGGAGAGGGAAUCUCUCUGGUGAAGACACGCCAGUAGCCAUAGUGCCUAACGUUGCUGCAGUAUUGGCUAGAGCAAGCUCAAUGGGAGAACAAAUGAAGCCUUACACAGAAAAGAGGAUCACAGCCUUUGAGCAUAGAGAGUCCUCACCUGAAAAAGGAACUCCGCCACCAACCAGAGCAAAUGGUCAGGGUACUUCUUUGGAGAGUGCAGAUGGUACCUCUUCACCUCCUUCCUGUGGCAGUCCCAGUGAGGAGCAAGUCAACAUGCCCUGGACAACAGACUCGGAGGAUCUUGACCGAGAACUUUGCUCUCUCGCUUUGACGGAAGAUGCUCUGCUAGAAGAAGCCCAGCCUGGGGAGGAGCUAGAAGAAACGACAGAGGCUUCCAGUGGACCGAGUUAUUUCUUUGACGAAAACAUGCAAGAUCCUCCUGAAAAUUAUCCGUUUAUGACAGCCGGGCCUGACGUCGAAGCACUUGAACCAUGCCAGAGAUACCUCCUGAACAUCAACCUAAAGCAGGGAAGGAACCUGGUCAUCCGAGACAAGCGCUCCGGGACCAGUGAUCCUUAUGUGAAGUUCAAACUUGAAGGAAAACAGUUUUAUAAAUGCAAAGUGGUUUAUAAAAGUUUGAAUCCACGGUGGAAUGAGUCCUUCUCCCAUCCUCUUCGAGACAGAGAGCAUGUCGUGGAAGUUCGGGUCUACGAUAAAAAUCGAACUGCUGAUGAGUUCAUGGGUUCCAGCACUAUUUCCCUAAAGCAUCUUCAAUUAUACAAAACCUAUGAAAUGGAGUUGCGUCUUGACGAUCCAAAAAGUAAAGAAGAUGACAUGGGAGUUAUUCUUGUUGAUGUCUGCUUAAUGUUUAGAGAUGCCACCAUCAAAAGAAGCCCUAGAUGGCGACCAAGAAAGAAUAAGCAGAACCAGGCCGCACUAUCCCCACGGCCAGCUGAGACACAGAGGAAUCAGCUGAAGAACCAGAUAUGGACUGGGGUGCUUGGUAUCACCUUGGUGGAGGGACAGGACCUGCCACAGUAUGGCCGUGGGGACAUUUAUGUCCGCUUUCGCCUUGGUGAUCAGAAGUACAAGAGCAAGAACCUUUGCAUUCAGGCCAAUCCACAGUGGAGAGAGCAGUUUGACUUCAAUCAGUUUGAAGAUAACCAGGAACCUCUCCAGGUUGAGGUGUACUCAAAGAGAGGAAGGAAGUGUGAGGAAUCAUGGGGGUUGUUUGAGAUUGACCUAUUGAGACUUCCACUUAAUGAGAGGCAGCUCUACACUCAUGUGCUGGACCCAGGAAAGGGCAGGCUGGUGUUUCUGGUCACCCUGAGACCCUGCUGGGGAGUCUCCAUCUCUGACAUUGAAACAGCUGCCUUGGAGAACCCUGAUGAGAGAGACACAGUGGUGGAGAAAUUUAGCUUAAAGAACUCACACAAGUGUGUGGGAGAGGUUGGCUUACUUCAGGUCAAAGUUGUAAAGGCAAAUGAUCUUCCUGCCACAGACCUCAAUGGAAAAAGCAACCCUUUCUGUGUUGUUGAGCUCGGUAACAGCAAACUUCAAACUCACACAAUCUACAAGACCCUCAAUCCGGAAUGGAACAAAGCCUUUACGUUCCCAAUAAAGGACAUUCAUGAUGUGAUAGAGUUAACUCUCCUUGAUGAAAAUGGAGACAAAGCCCCAAACUUUUUGGGGAAAUUAGCAAUCCCGUUACUUAAUGUUCAGAAUGGGCAGGAGAUAUGUUUGUUCUUGAAGAAAGAAGACUUGGGAGGUACAUCAAAAGGAACCAUCACACUCAUCCUGGAGGUUAUCUAUAACAAAGUCAGAGCUGGAAUCAGAACCUUUCAACCAAAAGAGACAACAUUAAUGGAGGAAAACGUGAAGUUCUCCAAAAAGGUUCUUGCCCGGAAUAUUUAUCGGGUUCGAAAAAUCAGCACAGCAGUUCUGUACACGUUACAGUACAUUAAAAGCUGUUUUCAGUGGGAGAGCACGCAACGGAGUCUAAUAGCCUUUCUGGAAUCUGGGAAAAAGGGUUUGAUGGAUAAGAUACAUAUGGUGCAGGAAGUAGUGCUGGCUGUCCAGAACGUUUUGGAGGAAAUCGCAAACACUGGAGAGCGAAUAAAGAACAUAUUCAACUGGUCUGUCCCAUUCGUGUCGUGCCUGGCCUGCUUGGUGCUGUUUGUGGCAACAGCACUAUUAUAUUUUAUCCCACCACGGUAUAUUGUGCUGAUAUGGGGCGUUAACAAAUUUACCAAGAAGCUGCGCGACCCAUAUACUAUUGACAAUAAUGAAACACUGAAUUUCCUCAAGAGGGUGCCUUCUGAUGUUCAAAAGGUGCAGCACAGCGCGCUGAGAGCGCCCACCAGCCAGAACCAGCCACGGAAGAAAAGGUAAGCUCCGCGGACACGCUGGAUGAAAGGCUGGUCUCCCUUUGAAUUUGGUACGACGCAGUCCACCUGACAACCAUGCUCCAGUGCCAGCAGAGCCCAUGACCCUGUGCACCCCCACCAUACCACCCUAACUCUGCCUCCUGCUGCUGAGGGGCAGCCAGCCACUCUCUGGCUUGUGUGUUUGCCACCCCCCUGACAGAGGCUGUGAACUGCAGCAGCUAGGAGGGCAGCACAUGGCGCUGUCAAUCACAAGCCUGGAGGUAAAGAAAAGAGAGUGCUGCAAGGCUCAGCCUUCAUCUUUGGAAAUAAUUUAGAAAAGGAAUGAAAAGCUUCGGGUUUGGCUUACCUUGGACCUCCACGGCUUUGCUUUGCUUUUUUUUUUUUUUUACUUUGGUGAAACUAAGAAAUUUGACUUCAGGUUAAGUUAAUACAAGCAGUUUAUAAAAAACAAACCAUCGCAAAUUUUUUUCUUACAUCCACGUGUUAAUAUAAAUAAAGGUUAUGUAUUGCAAUAUAUUUUUAAAUAUUUAAAAUAAUAUGUUUUGACACACAUUCAAAAUAUCGGGACAAAUUACUGAAUGUUACUAUUCUUUUUGUGGUAAGGAUCUACUGAAUAUAAUGCUCUCAGCUUUCCUAAUUUAUUCCCAGCAACAAAAAUACAUUCAUGUACUGCACGUUUAUUAUUUCCAGGAGACUUUAUUUGUUACUAUAUGUUAGACUGAUUAAUUUGAGAGUUUUAUUUUGACUCACUAUCUUGUCUGCAUCAUUAAAUAGGGAAUUUGCUGGAAUCCUGAAUAAAGAGUCUUGAUCAGUUUGA